AUGGAGAAGAAGCAAGACGUGGCCGAAGAGGAUGGACGGGGAGAGGAGGAGGGGGAAGAGUUGCUAGCCCUGCACGAGGUGCUUCCGCUGGAGGUCAUGCAGCACAUCAUGGGCAUGGCCGACCCGGCCAGCGUGGCAAGAGCCGAGGGCGUGUGCCGCGCGUGGCGCUCCGCGUGCGAGUCGCCCUUCGUGUGGGAAGCCGUCUUCCGGCGCCACUUCAGCUCCCGCCCCUCCACCACUGCCAAAGAGAAGUGGCGGGAGCGAUGCGUGAAGGCGGCCAUCUCGCUUCGUCGCCUGCAGGCCCUCAAGGGCGAAGACCGGCUGCGGGAUACCCUCAGGUGGUGUGCUGCGUGCGGUCACGACCGCGUGCUGCGCGAGCUGCUCACGAAGGAGGCGGCCCACAUGACGCUCGACCUGCUCAACGGCAAGCGGCCGCCCAACACCGACGAGAGCAAGUUCCAGUACUCCGACGACGGCUCCGCGCGUCCGGUGCACCUGGCCGCCUCGGUGGGCUGCGCCGAGAUCAUGGAGGUGCUCAUGGAGAAGGCCGGCGGGCCGGAGAAGGCGCGGGAGCUGAUCAACGCGGUGGAGUCGCGGACCGGCAAUACGGCGCUCCACUUUGCGGCGGAAAACGGGCACUGCGCGAUGGUGGCUUUUCUCCUCAAUCAAGGCGCCGAGAAGAACGCAUUGAACGGGUCGAAGCAAACGGCGCUGCACCUGGCCACGCUGGCCGGGUGCGCGCCGGCCGUGCGCAUGCUGGUGGAGCACGGCGCUCAGAUCCUGUUCACCGCGGCCGAGGCCAAGUCCAAGAAGGUGCCAGCCUCGCCGCUGCACCUGGCGGCCUCUAACCGCUCUGAGGCCCUCGUGUCCCUGUUUAUCGAGCUGGGCCUCGACAUCAAUCUGACGGACGCCGCCGGCCGCAUCCCGCUUCACUUUGCGGCGCGCGCGGUGCCCAAGAAUGCGGGAUUCAUCGAAUUCCUUCUCGCGCGCGGAGCCGACGCCAAGGCCGUUGAUGAGGAGGGCCAAGGCGUGCUCCACUACGCCAUCACCAAUGAGUGUUCAGCCGAGCUGGUGGCGAUGUGCAAGCGUCUGAUUGAUGCCGGAGCUGAUGCCCACUCCAAGGAUCCGGUCUUGGGCCUGGAACGCCUCAUCGCCCGUUCGUACUACCAGUCAAGCUACGACCGUGAUCUCGUCAACCUGUUUGUCGAGCGUGGCAUCGACAUAAAAGACCCGCCCAAAGCGCACCACUACGAUCUGGUCUUGGCCCUGCUGGACUGGGGCGUCGACCCCAACGCCAGCGACCCCAGCGUCACCGGCACAACGCCAAACCUGCCGUUGCACAUGGCCCUGUGUGGCCAUUCCUACCAUAACAGCGAUGCCGACAGGCGGCGUGUAGUCGAACUUCUUCUCGAGAGAGGAGCCGAUGUGCAUCGCUUGGCGGGCUACAACCAAAGUCAGGCCUUGUUCUAUCUGCCCUGCGAGCCCGACGAGACCUUUGAUUUCCUGUUGUCGCGCGGCGCCGAUAUCAACGCAAGGAACGAGCGGGGCGAGACAUUCUUGUAUCGGGCCGUCAACCAGAAUUGGCCCUACAAUGCACCGCAUUUCCACCGAAUGAGACGGGCCGUCGUUGCCCUCAUUGAGAGGGGCGCCGAUCCCGGGCAGUGCCGGGUGGACGGCCAUGGCCCAGUGAGCGAGGUUGUUGACCCGACCUACACGCCGCUGGGCUGGGAGUGGGUCGCGUUCCUGCGGUCCGUGGGCAUUCCCAUCCGGACCGCUGCUGAUGAUGACGAGCCGGCAGCGGCCGCAGCGGGCAGUGGUGACGCGACUGGUGCGGAAGCAGACGAUGACGGCGAGGGGAGGGCUGAGCCGCUGGGCCACCACCGCCUUAGGAACGAUGGUGACGACACCAACGAGGACGAAGAAGAGGAGGAAGCAGAGGAGGAUAGCAGAAGCAAAGGCAAGGAGAAGCUGGACAAAUGA